AUCAAAUCCCUCCUACCACCACUUCCAUCGAUUUAUCUACCACGCUUUAUUCUUCGCUGACAGGAAGAAAAGGAGAAGAAUACCAGAGGCUCUUUUUAAUUGAAUAUCCUCCUAGCCUUCGUGGUGGGGCAUAAUUGGAAGUGAGGGAAGACAAGAGAAAGAAAGGGACAGCGAAAAGUUCCACGCCGCGGUCUUCCAACGAGGAACAUCAUCCAGAGUCAUUACACAAUUCUAAUUGAUCAUGUCUCGGUCCGCAGCAGACGCAACGAGAUUUACAGCUACAGGCCCGUAUGCCAGUUCCAAGCCAGAAGCUCCAUCGGGAACACCCUAUAAGCUUCCCAGUUUCUUGUCGGGUUCGAACAACAACAGCAACGGCGGCAAAAACAAACAAUCAACCAGUCCGGGAAAUUCAAACGCGCCAGGAGGUCGUCAAGAGUCACCUAGAGAGAAGGUUGCGCGACUGCGUGCCCAAGCGCGUGCUGCUCGGAUUGCCCAGUCUACAUCGCGGGUCGAUCGGAUGAUUGACUUUGGACGGAGAUUCGCAAACAAGGCCCACAAAGUGAUGGUUUAUUCUCUUAUUGCUACAUCUGCCGUCUGUGGAGCUCUCACGGUUUAUUCCAUGGUCUCAUUGACCCUGUACAACCGCCGCCAGCGCGCGCUGUGGCUCGACCGGGAACUCGAGAAGUUGCAGAAUGCAAGAACAGCAUAUGCCCAGGGCACAGCAACAUCGGAGCAGCUGGAGAUCUUGAAGAAUGAGAAGAUCGGAGAAAUUGUCAAAAAGAAGCAAGAAGAGGAGAGACAGCAGCGACCCUGGAAUAAAGCGAAGCGGUAUAUUCUUAGUGGGUUUAUUAUGGAUGAGAAUGUGACCGAGACGGCUCCUGCUGGAGCAACUGCUACUACUCCCUCCGAUGACAAGUCUCCGGUAUUAGAGGCUAUAAACGCAAAGAUAGCCGAACAAGAAGCAGCCAAGUCCAGCACAGAGCAAUCAUCUCCACAGCCUGGCCCUCUGGAUGUCAUGGCCGAGAAUGCUGAGACGGCUGCAAAACAGUCGGCUCGCAGCUGGAAGAGCUGGUUCUUUCUCGGACGGUAGAAUAUAGGUAGGAAUACCAAAGAGCAAAAAAAAAGGAAGGGGGGAACGGUACCUGUUCGGGCUUGGAUGACUGCCAGACUAUUACCUUGUUGUCACUAUAUUAACUCGUUCUGUGCUUUUUUGUUUCCAAAUUUCUUUCUCCCUUUAGCCCAGAGUUCCAUCAAGUCGGGGUUGGUGGCGUCUGUUGGAAAUGUUCUGUGUCUCUUUUUUUCGUUUCGUCUAUAUGGGACGGCCCUGGUUCAGUCGUCCCUAUAUACCUGUAUAUUGUGUACAUAUGGAUACUUCCAGAUUUUGGUUCCAGGCUUCUAUUUCUCUUUACUACAUGGAAAUAAAAAACAGAAUAGAAAGAUGUCGAG